AUGAGCGCUUCUGCGCGCUGCCAACAACAAUCGCGGUAUUCGUACUGUUCUUCUUCUCGUAAUGAUCUCUUCUCAAAUUUGAGAAGGAGGAGGCAAAGGCGAACGAAACCUGUCCGGGGGAGCGUUUUUGCUGCUUUUGAUGAUGAUGAUGAUGAAAGAAGCCGGCGUCGCACCGCGAUGGAAGCGAAGAUUGAUGAGAACAAAAACGAAGAAGAAGCAGAAGACGACGACGACCUCGAGCACGAGUUUCUCACGAACGAAAAGGAUUUGGAAAUUGACUUUGAGUUUUCGAGAAGAGGAGGAAAUGGACCGGUCGCUUCUUCUUCUUCUUCUUCUUCUGAGGAACGCGAAGGAGAUGAAGAAAAAAUUCAGAUUCCAACGGUUCGACCUCGAGAAGAAGACGCGAAAACGAGCGACGUCGAAACGUUAAGGUCCACGCGAUUGAUUGAAAAACUAUACGAAACAGUGGUGAACCCGGUGAACAAGCUCGAACCGGAAAUGCGAAAACUGACGAGCGUGGAGUUGAGAGCGAAAACGUUGGAAUUUCGAGCGCGGUUACGGUUAGGGGAGACGCUGGAAGACGUGCUCGUGGAAGCGUUCGCGGCGGUUCGAGAGGCGUCGAGGAGAGAACUCGGUUUGAGACAUUUUGACGUGCAGUUAGUUGGUGGAGCUUUGUUACAUAAAGGUGUGGUCGCAGAGAUGGCGACCGGGGAAGGUAAGACGUUGGUGGCGACGUUGCCGGCGUAUUUAAACGCGUUGAGUCGGAGAGGCGUGCACAUCGUCACGGUGAACGACUAUUUAGCGGAGAGAGACGCGUUGACGACGGCGAAGAUUCACGGGGCGUUAGGUCUAACAGUUGGAUACGUUUUGAGCGAAGACUCGCCGGAAGAGAGGAGGAAAUCGUACGAUUGCGAUAUCACGUACGUGACAAACCAAGAGAUUGGUUUUGAUUAUUUGAGAGAUAACAUGGCGACGAGCGUAGACGAGUUGGUAGUGAUGACGAGACCUUUGAACUUUGCCAUCGUGGAUGAAGUCGAUUCAGUUUUAAUCGAUGAAGGACGGAACCCGUUAUUAAUAACCGGUCCAUCCGAUAUGGACGAGGGCCCGAGGUACGUCGCGGCGGCGAAAAUAGCAGAGAGUCUCGUCGAAGGGAGGGAUUACAAAGCCGAUAGGAAAGAAAAAACAAUCGAAAUGACCGACGAAGGCAUGACGAACGCGGAGAUUUUGUUAGACGUGGAAGAUUUGUGGGACCCGGUCGACCCGUGGGGAAAAUACGUCAUUUUAGCCGUAAAAGCAAAAGCGUUGUUCAUACGAGACGUGGAUUAUAUCGUUCGCGACGAUCAGGUGAUCAUCGUCGAUCCGGGUACCGGGCGGGUACAGAUGAAUCGCCGAUGGAACGAUAACUUACACCAAGCCGUAGAGGCGAAAGAAAAAGUGGAAAUUCACAGCGAAAACGCAAUCAUAGCGAGCGUAUCGUACCAAUGUUUCUUCAAACUGUAUAAAAAAUUGUCUGGAAUGACUGGUACGGCGACAACGGAAGCCGAAGAGUUUGAAAUUAUUUACAACUUGCGCGUCAUCGUCGUGCCGAAGCACCGGCCAAACGCUCGCGUCGAUGCGCCGACGGCAAUGUUCCGAGACGCGAUGACCCGGUGGAAUGCCGUCGCGAAUGUUGUCGUAUCCUGUCACUACGAAGGUAGACCGGUAUUAGUCGGAACAACUUCGGUAGAAGAUUCGGAAACGUUAUCGAUGGUUUUAGACGAGUAUUUAUGGCGCGCGCCGGACGAUACCGUGGUGAAAGGCGUCGCGCAUAACUUACUCAACGCGCGUCCGCAAUAUGCCGCGAGAGAGGCGGAAACGAUCGCACAAGCCGGCAGAUUAGGUGCAGUUACUAUUGCGACGAACAUGGCUGGGAGAGGUACGGAUAUUUUACUUGGAGGUAACGCGGAGGGAUUAGCGAGAAAAGCGAUGAAAGAGCACUUAUUCGAGGCGCUCGGGCUAGGGGACGUGUUAGAAGAAGAACGCGAAACGGCGUUUCAAAGCGUUUCAGAAUCGCUAGCGACGGUAAAUUUAUCGGAAACACCCGCGCAAAUAGCGUUGGAACAAGCGAGGUUGAUCGCUAAAGCCGCGUGCGAGAGUGCGGGACCGAUGAAUAUCGAUUCGGCGAACGAGAUGCUGGUUCGAUCGGUGGAGAAAGCGGGAGAGAAAAUUAGACGCGAGGAACAGAAGAAGCAAAGAUUGUUGCUGACUGGCUGGGAAGCGCAAGGGAUAAACACCAACGAAGACGACGACGAGGAAAUUAAUGACGAGAAAGAAAAGAAAAGAGUUCCCUUUGAAAUUGCGAUUGAUUUUGCUGCCGAACAAACGCUUCGCGAAACCGCGCGUUUGUGCAAGCUCGAGUCGCAGGAGGUUAUUCGUCGAGGUGGCUUGCAAGUCGUCGGUACCGCUUUACACGAGUCUCGACGCAUCGAUAGACAACUGCGAGGUCGCGCGGGAAGACAAGGUGACCCCGGUUCGACUGUAUUUUGCCUCUCCUUAGAUGACGAGAUGAUUCGCACGUACAGCCCGGCAAUGUCGAAACAAUCGAGCGCGUGGGAUUUCGCCGGUUUGGCGCCAGAGGAGCCGAUGUACGGAUCACUCGUCGACAUUCAGUUAGAAGGCAUCCAAAAAAACAUCGAAGAUUAUCUUAGCGCGGGAAGGCAAUCGACGUUCGAUGCCGAUAGGGUGUUAGAUUCGCAAAGAAACGCGGUAUACGAGUUACGGAGAAUGGUGUUAGUCGGCGGUCAACAAACCUUGCGCGAGCGUCUGUUUAGGUACGUUGACGCCAUCGUGGACAACUAUUGCGUCGCGGCAAACGUGAGCGGUUCAACCCCAGCGAAAGAUUGGAAUGUUGAAUUGCUCAUGGAUUUGUUGAGAGAAGUUUUCGCUGGACGUAAAGACAGGUUCCGACUGACCAAUAACGAACCGGUAUCUCCUCACCCCCACUAUUUGCCCGGCGUCUCCGCGGCAGAUUUGAAAGACGCUUUGUUACACUUGGACGAUAAGAAUGGAUCGAGAACGUUACCAGAACCGAGACGCAUGCCGCCCUUAGACGCAAAUCCUGUCGCCGUGAGAGCGUCUAUUUCAGGCGUAAACUUAGCCUAUGCCGAUGGCUCAGGACUUGCCGGCGGAUUAGAGAAAACCGAUUCAUCCGGUUCCGUCGCCGACACGGAACCGGAAGCUGAAGAAGAUGCCAUCUCCGAACGAUUAAAAAAGCGCUUAGAGCCGCCAAAAGAAGAAAGUUCUUCAAAAGAUGUCGUCAAGGCAUUCAGUUCCGGACGGCACGCGAAGAAAGCGAGGCAACUGAGAGCGUACCUCUCCGAAGCGGCUAUUCAGCAAUACCUAGAUCGGUUCGCGCGCCUGGCGAGGUUGGAUUACAUCCGAGAGGAACUCGAAGAUGUCGAACGUCUGUGGGUUUUACGCGCAAUUGACGAGCGUUAUAAACAACAUCUCGUUCACAUGUCCAGUUUGAAAGAUUCUGUGCAAGUUCGAGCGUUUGGCCACUUGGACCCGAAGGAAGAGUUUAAAAUUGACGGCGCCAAGGCGUUCGUAGAUUGCGUGAGCGACAUGCGCAUCGACGCGUUGCGCAACGUAUUUUUCUUUGUCGGCGCGAGUAUUGAACCGACGACGGAAUAUGAAACCGUUCCUGCGUCUAAUACCGCUAGUGGCGGCGAUGACGAUGAUGAGGAAAGCAGCUACGACGCAGACGAAGAUUUGAUGAAAGAGUUGACGGAAGAAGAGAGGGAAAAAGUCCGUUCGUUUCUGGCGCGCGCAAAGGAAAGUGGCAUUUCUGUGACGGAGUCCGAAGACGGCUUUGGUGAAUGGACCGGGAGCAUCGCAGAAGACGAUGUCGCCGACGUCGAUGAGGACGAAGAUUCCAUUUAG